AUGAGCGAGUUGGGUUCUUUAAUUUAUGACGUCGCCGAGGAGAUUGUUCGUUACUUUAGUACUCGAAAACUUGAAUUAGGAUGGGAUGAUUCCACUUCCAAAUCGGUCAUAGAUUCUUCGGUGCCUAAAAGGAUUUUGGGGACAGUAAAGAUGUAUAAGUCCUUAGAAAAAUUUCCGGAGACUAGGCGAUUACUCUCAUGUAUCGAAUCAAGUUCUUUGCAAAGUGAUAGAGUGCUCGAAAAGACGAUAAGAAAAUUGCUGGAAAAUUGCAUUCAUCAAAUCUAUUCGACUGAAAACUCUAAGACAGUGCCGCCAUCGCAUAAGUUCACAGAAUGUGUUUCUGCUGUCUCAGAAAAUGAACAGUGUGACUGUUUAAGAAUGCUCUCUACACCAAAUGUACCAAGUUAUGCCUCUUCAAUCCAACAGUACGAGGCCAGCAGUGCCCAAAGAAUAGUAGCUUUUGCUUCAAAAAUGCUUUGUGACCUGUUUUUUCUAGCAGAUCGUCGUAAGCGCAAAGAAAAUUUAUUUAUAGCCGUACCAGAUACAAAGAGAACUCAUAAACUUAUCACGGAUAUUUCACUUCCAGCAGCGGACGCCACCAUGUUUACAGUUAGCACAAUUGAUGAGGAUGAAGUUGUGAAUUCUGGCAAUCGGAAAAAUAUGAUGAAUAGAAAAUACACAAUUCAUACCAAAAAGUCGACCACUUCUGAUUCAAGGGAGCAGAGUGAUACAUUAAAUAAUGAAUUUCGAAAAACUGGAAAACACCCACUAUUUACCCGUAUCAGCACAGAAUCUUCAUGUCAUCGUCCUGUGUUUGUUUCAGAUUUCUUUCAUGAUACCACAAGUAAUAUUUAUGCGGAGCAAAUCUGCGCACAUAUGGGAAAAAGUCAAGAUGAAAAACGGAAGAAUAACUCUGUAUCACCUGGUAGUUCAAAACAGUCAUUUCACGUAAAUCUAACUCCUUUCAUGGAUAAAAAACCAUCUUUACCUCAAGUAAACUUGUCAAAUUGUAAUGUUUUUACCAUUGAAAGAUGCAAUGAAAGCAUAAAAGAUGAUUAUCCAUUAGCUUUUUCCACCGACAAGUCUUUAUUAUUGCUUCCUGACCUUAAAGGUCACUCUUAUUGUAGUAAAUCACAGCCAGGAGAAUCAUUUCAACCAGUUCAUUUAAAUCACUGUACAGGACAGUUUUACAAAAAUGCAACAUCAAAAACUAAUAAAUGCAAACGAGAGGGAUUUAUUUUAUCAAUAGACAAACGUUUGGAAAAACACAGGAUUAAUGAAAAGAAAAUUCAACCGUGCGAAACUCCAAACUUCUGCGUGGAUCGGAAGAAGAAAAUAAACUCUAAGGUGAAGGAUCGUAAGACGGUAAAUAUGAACGAAACUGUAAAAGCCGUCAACUCGACUGAUAUUUCUAAUAAACGUUUGACUUCACGGAAAGUUAUCAGAAAACCGAAGGUUUUUCAAUUGGUUAGUGGUUCAACUGAUCAACAUUCUGUUAAGUCACUGAAAAAUCCUGAUCGAUCUACUAAAGCAACUGAAAAAUUAUUCUUUCCAUCGGAGAGACAUUCACUUAUGAAUUCUUUCAAGUCUAAUUCUAACGAAGCUAUCGAUUUUGUAAAAGUAGAUGUGCAAUCCAAGGCUGAUACAGCAGUCAAGUCUAAAAUAUUUUCUGAUGAAAUUUACAUGCAGCUGAAUGGUCUCAAUAGUUGCUACACGUGUGAAAUUUCUGACAGUCGAGAGCGUCAAUCCAGAAUAUCAAGAAAAUAUACCACAAUUUAUUGUAUUCAACUGAAAUCACAUAAAUGCCCACAAGAAGCCUACGAACAUAUUUCGCAUAAUCCUAGUUUCCAGACUGUAAAUGAAAGUUUAUACUAUGCACCACCCUUAAAUAUCAUUCUUCGAGGUUCAAAAGAGACUUCACCAAAACUUCAAAUCAGUAAUGCAAAACCGGGGUGCCUUAAAAAUAUAGCUGGACGUCUACUUUUGGUGGGUGAAGAUCGACUGCAAUCGACCGGCCAUGAAUGUAUUAAUAGUUGGUCAACUUUUGGUGAAAAACAAAUGUUUUCCAGUGGAAAUAACUGCGAAGUAAGAUAUUUUGCAGUGGCGUGUACUAACCUUGGUGAACUGUUGGUGUUGGAGAUUCUCCCAAAUACAUCCGUUUUAUACAAAAGUUAUUUUAGAUGGUACAUAAGAGAUAUAACAGUUGAGGAUGUCGAAAAUAAUGUACAUUAUCACUUCCAUUUUAAUAAUUGGUUGGUUCCAAAUGAAAGAAUGAUUUCCCAAAGAUGUAAUCAUCCGUGCAAGUUAUCCUGUUUAGUUGAUUUACUAAAUGAGGGCAGUUCAUCUACUGUAAAGUCACAGGGUCAAUUUUUGCGUCAAAAUGGAAGUACGAGACAAAGUGAAAAGAAUUGUAAUGGAGAUAAACUAAUAGAUAAAAAAGCUUCUGGACCUGUCGCAUGUACUCCAGAUAUGUUAUGCAUUCCUUCAAACAGACAAUUCAACUAUUCGUUUUUUAAUCCGAAAACUGUUUGCCAAACAAUUCAUACAAUUGUAAUGUUUGUCAUAUAUAAUGGUCACCAUGAUGACAUGUGGAUUCAUAAAACAGAUCCUCUUGAUUUAAAACACAAUAUUGAAAUCGGUAUCAUAAAUGCAAAAGUGAGCAACAUUUUUCAAAUUUCCCACUGGCCUGUUCAAGUCAAAAUAGUUAAACAAUAUAUGAGUGCAAGCGAACUAAUUUAUAAUUGUUUAAAGCAUCUUAUUGCAACAGUUUCAGAAGAAGUUGAGCCUAGAAGCUGUAAAAUAACGUUAUCACAUUUGGAUUUGGACAAGUCAAGUAGGAACGAAUGCACGUGUUAUGUUUUGUUACAUGUCAUAUCCGAAUUAAACUUUCAAGACGUCAUAGCCAAUACAUCUGGUGAAUUUCUUAAUUCAUACGAGGUCGAAACGAUAAAGACUGAGAUACCAGAGAUGAUACAAAACCCUGUACUGAAGCUUCCACCAAUACUUAAAUCCUGCUUAGCAAAUAAUUUUCAGCUAGAAGAAAUUGAAGGCAAUCCUACACAUUUUUAUAAUGCAUCAGAUUUACCCGGAAUUUGUGCAAACAAGAUAGAAGAUGUAGAUGUUGGAUAUGAUGAAUCUUUCUAUAGUGAACUCGAUGAUGAACUAACCUCAGAAAAUGAAAAGAAUACAACUGAGUCAACUGACGCAAUAGGGAAUAUCAUCAGCGUCAAAGUCAGCUCCUUAGAAUCAAAAGAUGAACUACCUACUUAUAUAUGUUCGCCUGAAAUUAUACAGCCUGUGAAGAUGCAAAUCCCACCUAAAACGAAUUCGGAUUAUUUACAAAAAUCAAGAUUAUUUUUCGAUCCUAACUAUCCCAAGAUUCCUAAGAAAAACCAUUCAGCCUCUGAGAGUCUGAAAACGUCUAAAAAUGUGAAAUCUUUUGAGGUAAACACUUGUAACACAACUCGGUUUAUUCUGAAAGACAGUGGUGGUAUUGAUUCAACUAUUUCAAGUAACAUAUUCAAUUGUAACUCAUCAGUCCAACCACUAACUUUUUCGCCAAAUCCCUUUGAAAUCUUUCAAGAUCCCAAACAAUUGAGUGAAUACAAUAUCCUUAACAGUCUACUUUCUGAAAAAGAUACCGACAACUUUUCAUGAUAUUAUAUAAUAUACUUGAAAAUUAAUAUUGUUCCAAGGCUGUGUUGUCAAAAUGUGGAUCAACUUUUCUCUUAAGAGGUAAAUAUUUAUUUCGAUACUUUUCGUUGUUGCAUUAUCAAAGAUCGGAAGCAUUGUUAUACAGUCGAUAGAAACCGUCGUAUUGGUGAUUAGAUGUAUUUGCU